CAAUCCCAUAAAGAAAUAAUCAAAAAUAGAAAUCUAAGUCCUUUUUUAAUUUGGAUUUCAUUACCAUGUUGCUGUCAUAAUGUCUAUAAAUAGUAUAAAUAGAGCAAAAUAAUAUCUAAGUUCCCCCGGCCAACCUUAUUAUCUCCCGACCUUAGCGCUCCCUAUAACCCUCAGAAUUUUCCCCUUAUUUUACAAAACCAAACAAAAACCCAAACCCACACCGCCAUUGACGAUCGAUGAAGUUCUUGAAGAAGUUGGGGUCCUGUUGUAGCUGCACAUCAGCGAUGACAAAGUCGCCGGAGAAGACUAUUCCGGAAGGGAGUAGUACUACUAGUACAGGCGAUGCAUCGUCGUCGACGACCACGUCUGUUUCCAAAAGAAAAACCAGCAUGGUGAGGUGUAAAUCGGCCAUGCAUUGGCAACCUGGGCUUUCCUCCAUCUCUGAAGAUGGGUUGGUUCCAAUUGUUGAGGAAGGAAGCAGAUGUACCGACCACGUCAUUGUUUCUCAGAAGAAAUCAUUGCCUUCAUCGUCAUCGACCAAAGCUAAAUCCGAAGCUAUGGCUCGUAGUUUUAUCUACGGCGAUUAUGACUAUGAGGAGGAGUACAAGAGGAGGAAACGUAGGCUGUUUCGUAUCCCUGCUUUCUCUCAAUUGUCAGCAUCGCCAUACAUAUUGUUCUGAUCAACCAUAUUUUUCUUCCCUUCUAUUAUGUGUCGUAAUGUUUUUCUCUUGUAUAAUGUUAUCGGUACAAUUCACUUAACAGAGAAAAUUAAUUAUUUGAUUGCUUGA